AUGCGCCGUGGCCGUUCUGGUCCUCCUCGGCGCGGCCGUGAUCACCGGCCUCACUUGAAGGACAAGGACCCCGUGUUCACGGUGGCCAUCACGGGCGUCACCGGCCUGGACCCAGCGUGGGACGUCGACCCGCCGCCCUCGCCGGCGGCUGGCAGCAGCCCGCCGCCCCCGUCGGCGCCGCUCUCCCCGGUGUUCAACCUCACGUUCCAGAUCGACAACACGCGCAACGCGUACUACAAGGCGUGCUUCCCGGGCCUCUCCAGGGCGGACGUCUCGUACGGGGACGCCUUCCUCGCCGGCGGCUCCGUGCCGCCCUUGUGCGCCGGGGAGAAGUGCCGGAGCGACCCCGUGGCGGCCAGGGCGUGGGGCGAGAACGUCGCGGUGCCGAGGUUCCUCAGGGACCAGCUCGCCGCGGGCGACGCGUCGGUGGACGUCAAGGUGACCAUGCCGACUUACUGUGGGAAAGCCUGGUGCGGCGGCGCCGUGCUCUCCUGCAAGCCCAAGAUCGGAGGCGGGGACGUCUCCGGGCUGUCGGCUAGAUUUCAUUUAAGCUAG